GGGCGCCGUGCCCGCGGGAGGCCGGCGAGCAGGAAGGGUGUGAGGAGUGCAGCGAGAAAGCAGCCAGCUGCGUAAGGAGUACGGCUAAGUAAGUCCAACUACAUGAUGAUUGAAGAUAAUAAAGAGAACAAAGACCACGUGCCUGAAAGGGGAAGAACUGCCAUCAUUUUUUCCUUGAAGAAUGAAGUCGGAGGCCUUGUUAAAGCUCUAAAACUCUUUCAGGAAAAGCAUGUGAACCUGGUGCACAUCGAGUCACGGAAAUCCAAGAGACGAAAUUCAGAGUUUGAAAUCUUUGUUGACUGUGACAGUAAUAGAGAACAAUUGAAUGAGAUCUUCCAGCUCCUCAAAUCCCACGUCAGCAUCGUCUCUAUGAACCCAGCAGAACAUUUCAAUGUGCAGGAAGAUGAGAUGGAGAACAUUCCCUGGUAUCCAAAGAAGAUCUCAGAUUUGGAUAAGUGUGCAAACCGAGUGCUGAUGUACGGGUCCGAUUUGGAUGCUGACCAUCCAGGUUUCAAAGACAAUGUCUAUCGUAAGAGGCGAAAGUAUUUUGCAGACUUGGCUAUGAACUACAAGCAUGGUGACCCAAUUCCCAAGAUUGAAUUCACAGAGGAGGAGAUCAAGACUUGGGGGACUGUGUACCGAGAGCUUAACAAGCUUUACCCAACUCAUGCCUGCAGAGAGUACCUUAAAAACUUGCCGUUGCUCACCAAAUACUGUGGGUACAGGGAAGACAAUAUCCCCCAGCUGGAAGAUGUGUCCCGGUUCCUGAAAGAGCGCACAGGUUUCACCAUUCGCCCUGUUGCUGGGUAUCUGUCACCCAGAGACUUCUUGGCAGGAUUAGCAUUCAGAGUUUUUCACUGCACUCAGUAUGUUAGACACAGCUCGGACCCUCUCUACACACCAGAGCCUGAUACCUGCCAUGAGCUCCUAGGCCAUGUCCCUCUUUUGGCUGAACCCAGUUUUGCUCAGUUCUCCCAGGAAAUUGGUCUUGCAUCACUUGGGGCAUCAGAUGAGGCUGUCCAAAAACUGGCAACAUGCUACUUUUUCACUGUAGAGUUUGGCCUGUGCAAGCAAGAGGGGCAGCUAAGAGUUUAUGGGGCUGGCUUGCUCUCUUCUAUUAGUGAGCUCAAGCACUCGCUCUCUGGCAGUGCCAAAGUCAAGCCUUUUGAUCCAAAGAUCACCUGCAAGCAAGAAUGCCUCAUUACAACUUUCCAGGAGGUUUACUUUGUUUCUGAAAGCUUUGAAGAAGCAAAGGAGAAGAUGAGAGAGUUUGCAAAAACCAUCAAACGUCCAUUUGGCGUGAAGUACAAUCCAUAUACUCAAAGCGUGCAGAUCCUGAAAGACACCAAGAGCAUUGCCAGUGUGGUGAACGAGCUGCGUCAUGAGCUGGACAUUGUCAGCGAUGCCCUCAGCAAGAUGGGCAAGCAGCUGGAAGUUUAACGUUCCCAUCAUUCACGUUGUGCGCUCAGCAACUCUUUCUUUUCCCCACUUGUCUCUUUCUAGGCACGUAACAUCUUGUAUGCAGAACUUUCCUUUACUAAUGGAAGAGUGAAUAGCCCGUAAAGAUAAUCACUUUAACUCACUUUAACUUAUUUUUCUGUUUAAAGUCCCUUACAGAAUGUAUUUCCUUCACCUCCAUUCCCUGCGGAUAAAGUCCUGGUGUUGCCUUGGAGAAGCUAGCAGAGGAAGAGAGAAAUCACUAGGCUGGAGCAAAACUGUGGUCUGUGGAUCAGGGCUAGGAUCAGAUGCUUCAGAGAGUGGCUCAUGAGGCAAUUGUAGAACAAUUUGGCACAGGGAAAUGUCUUUCUGAGCUAGUAGCCUAUGCUGCUAAUUUUGCAGUAGUGUAGACCUCAUAACAUAGAAGCUAUAGUAAUCAGUGCUUCUUUGUGCUAUUAAGUUUAAAUAUUCCGGUUCAGAACUUGAAUGAUUACAGCUCAGGUACCGGGAUACAAAUAUCUGGAAGUUUGUUAUGACAAAAUGGAGGGGUCAUAUCUCCCUUUCAUAGGGAUCAUUCUUGCUCCCAAAGAGUUGCAGCUGUACUGAGUGGCCUGUUUCUAGUAAAACACAGAGGUACAGAGCUAUAAUGUGAAAGCCUAACUGAUUAUUUCAGGAGAUUUUUCUGUCACCUCAAAGAGUUUGGAGUUUUGUUGCUGUCUAUGGUGUUACACCUGAGGGAAGACACUAAGGAAAUACCAUUUGCCUUUUCCCUCGCUGAAUAAAUGUAGCCAGGAUUAUAGCAAGCCAUCAGGUUCUGACUUAGCACAAAGCCUAAAACCAUUUCAGCAUUACAGUCCUAUAUCCAAAGUAGUUUCACAGGACUAAGAGAAGCCCAGUGCUAAAGUAACACCAGAAUUUAAAAUGAGGGCCAAAGUUUGUAGUCUCGUAGACAUCCCAUUGAUUGCUUUAUUAACCUUGCAAACUGCAUGAAGAUAAAUUUAGCUUCUUCCUUGCUAGGCCUGAACACUUGUAUUCCCCAUCAAGCAAAUAAGUGAAAGGUAGAAAAAUUUGAUGGAAAUCUCCAUCCCUGGAGGCAUUCAAGGCUAGGUUGGAUGGGACCCUGGGCAUUAUAAUCUGGUGGGUGGUGACUCUGCAGGGGAUUAGAAGUGGGUGGUCUUUAAGGUACCUUCCAACCCAAUCCAUUCUGUGACUGUGAUCUUGUGGCUAUAAACACAAAUAUUUAUACUUUCAGCUAUGAGAUUUUAUUCUGAAGAACUCUUUAUGAAUGUUGGGAAGCGGUGUCCUGCUGAAUUGUCUGUAUAGCAUAGCAGUAAAGUUGCCUGAUUUCAGGACUGCAUAUUUCCAAGCAUCCUGUAGAGCUGUAUGGAGCUGUGCUGUCUGCUGUUGCUGCCAACCCUGUCUAUGAAGUUAAUUUAUGUAUGUAGACGGUGUAAUAAAUUUGAAUUGAUGAUUUGUGAA